CCUCGAAACUCGGGUCCGCUUCGGCGCGCGACGGCAUCGCCUACGCUCGCUGUACUUCGGGUGCAGGAGCAACGCUAGGAUAGCUUUUUAGUCGAUUCCGUACCUGCGUAUUUACCGCCAGACACCGGGGGAUAUGAUAUCGGCUGUCUUGUCUACAUAUAGACUCUCAGGGUGUCGAGAAAUUCUGAUUCGUUACGGCCUUGGUGUUCCCUUUCUGUGGCCCCCUGCCCAGACUGGUUUCUUCAGAGGAUCGACGUGGUUCAAUGACCGGCGGUUUACUGUCUAUCCGAAACCGAAUUUCCAUAAACAAGAAAUACAAUCGAGGUGGAUGCACUGAAACGAGGUUUUCUAGGAUGAUUCGCGCUGCAGCAGGACUGGAUCAGCGGUCCUGAAGAUGCGUUU